GUAACUCCUGUGCUCCCUAAUUGCUUUGAGUAUGGUUGCAGACCCGCGAUUGAGCGAUGGGGAGCUCGCUGCUAUCAAUGCUGCUGCAGUGACGCGGGAGUACACGGUCCAGCCGCAUCUGGACUACCGAACUGUUUCUGCAAUCAAUGGUCCUCUUGUUGUGCUUGAUAACGUCAAGUUCCCUUCCUACAACGAGAUCGUGCAGCUCACGCUUCCAGAUGGAACGAAACGCGGUGGGCAGGUGCUUGAGGUACAGGGCAAGAAGGCCAUCGUGCAGGUGUUCGAGGGAACGUCAGGAGUUGAUGUGAAAGCCACGCACGUCGAGUUCACCGGAAGCAGCAUGAAAUUGCCCGUCGCGGAAGACAUGUUGGGCCGGAUAUUCAACGGUUCAGGUCUACCUAUAGACCAGGGUCCAAAAGUGUUUGCGGAGGACUAUCUGGACAUCAACGGUUCUCCAAUCAACCCAUAUUCUCGCAUAUACCCUGAGGAGAUGAUUCAGACCGGUAUCUCCACCAUCGACACGAUGAACUCUAUUGCGCGUGGACAGAAGAUUCCGAUCUUCUCGGCUGCUGGUCUACCCCAUAACGAAAUUGCGGCACAAAUCGUGCGACAAGCCGGACUCGUCAAGCGACCAACGAAGGACGUGCAUGAUGGGCAUGAGGAUAACUUCUCUGUCGUCUUCGCGGCUAUGGGUGUGAACAUGGAGACAGCGCGUUUCUUCAAGCAAGACUUCGAGGAGAACGGUAGUCUAGAUCGUGUCACCCUAUUCCUUAACCUCGCCAACGACCCCACGAUCGAGCGAAUCAUCACACCUCGUCUCGCGCUCACGACUGCGGAGUACUAUGCUUACCAGCUUGAAAAACACGUCCUUGUUAUCUUGACCGACAUGUCGUCAUAUGCGGACGCUUUGCGAGAGGUUUCCGCUGCGCGAGAAGAAGUCCCAGGUCGCCGUGGAUAUCCAGGUUAUAUGUACACCGACCUUUCCACAAUCUACGAGCGUGCAGGGCGUGUGCAGGGUCGGAAUGGCUCUAUUACUCAGAUCCCCAUUCUGACAAUGCCGAACGAUGAUAUCACACACCCGAUUCCUGACUUGACAGGUUACAUCACGGAGGGCCAAAUCUUCGUUGAUCGUCAGUUGCAUAACAGGCAGAUCUACCCGCCAAUCAACGUGCUCCCCUCGUUGUCACGAUUGAUGAAGAGUGCUAUUGGUGAGAAGCUCACGCGGAAGGAUCACGGAGAUGUUUCAAAUCAACUGUACGCCAAGUAUGCCAUCGGACGUGACGCCGCGGCAAUGAAGGCUGUCGUCGGCGAGGAGGCGUUGUCACCGGAGGACAAGUUGGCGCUGGAAUUCCUGGACAAGUUUGAACGCGGAUUCGUGGGACAAGGGGCGUACGAGUCGCGGACCAUCUUUGAGUCGCUAGACCUUGCGUGGAGUCUCCUGCGCAUUUUCCCCAAGGAGCAGCUGAACCGUAUCAAUCCGAAGAUCAUCGCAGAAUUCUAUGGACGCAAAGCGAAGAAGCCGACGGACGAUGUCCAGACAAACGGCAAGGCAGGCGAGAAGCUUAUUGACGAUGAGUGAAGGACCUUUUUACACUGCAUACAUUGUACCUGCAUAGCUGUCGCGAUGCAAUCUCAUGACCACACAUGAUGAUGCGGCAUGUUCGGGGUGAGAAGGAUGUUUGUCGCCAUAAUGAAAUAUCCGAUUUCGUGACGUC